AGAGGAUUUUGAACGUGCCUUUGGGGUGCGCACUUUCUUGCAGUUUUCCCCUCUACGCAGUCGCAUCGUCUUCCUCGAUCUCCUCCUCUGCAACACGAACCGAACUUCGAGCACUUGCCCGUCGAAGGAGAUGGGGGAUCUCUCUCGGAACAUCGAUCUGCAGAAGCUCGUUUCCUACAGCGACGACCUCGCCCAGGUCCUCAGGGACGACAAUGGCGCCGCUAACCUCGCCCUGUGCCUCCGCCACUCCGGCGCACUCCGCUCCUCCUGCGACGCCGACCUCGCCGGCCUCCGGUCCUCGCUUCUGGCAGAGUAUGGGGAAAAGAUUGAUGCUUGCAAGAAGAAAACUGAAGCGGUGAGAUCUGAAGUUGCUGGAGAUGUGGAUAUCGACCAACUCGAGAAAGAACUGCAAGAGGAACUGGAGAAGGAACAACUGCUUAUGGAGGAUUUGAGAAUUGUCACCAACGAAAUUAAUGAGCUAGACCUUUCAAGGAUUUCCAUUGAGGAGAGGAAGCAAGCUUUGAAGAAACUUGAGCAACAUGAGCGGAGAGAACAGAUGAGUCUUUCGAUGUAUGCUUCUGUGACGAAUAUCAUCCCCAACUUGGGUGAUUGCUCCAAAAUUUCAGGAUAUAUUGUUGACAGGGAGAAAAGGGUGGUGGAUAGAUUUGAGUUCGACUCGACAGAGAUGACUGCCUUUGACACGUGCACAAAUAUCUGGAGGAUGAUUAGUAACUCAUAGGUGGAGGGUAGGUGAAUGAUCUCCUUCGGGAAGAAGCCGAAUGGAAUAUCCUCCAAAUCUUGGGGGAUCGGUCGAUUCCUCUCUUCAUCAGUGAAAGUACUAAUAGGAACGAAGUGCAAAUCAGCACUUUUUUCCGGUAUGACAUCUGUUUAUUUUCGAGAAAUCGGGAUGGACCCCGGAACGCAGUCGAGGUGGGGAUGGGGACGGAAUUGAGCGCUUAACCGUCUUUCCGGGUCAUUCUGUUUUAACAAACUAUGGCUAGGUGUAGGGAAAGAACUUGUAUGUGCAAAAUGCCGGCUUUUGUGUGUUCUUGUGAAUCAUACCGUGCUAGCAUCUUUUGAGGUGACAUGAGUAGUUGAUCCACGUUUAUUUUUUUUCUCUUUUAUUGAUGAGGUCGUUCUAAUUUAUUUAUUUUUAAAUAAAGGCAUCACGGGGUUUUAAAUUU